AAUGCGUGUGUCUGUGUUUGAAGAACACAGUGACUGUGGUCUGUGUAUCUGUGCAUGUGUGUGUGUGUCCAUUUUGCUUUAGGUAUGUGCGACAGACUCUGUGUGUGUGCUGUCAAAGGAUACACAGCAGAGAAAGAGAGAGAGAGAUAGGAAGGACUACGUGAGAAGCAGAAAAUCUAAAGGGGGAAAUAAUUAGACAAACAGUCAAGGCAGUGGAGACUGAAAGAACAAAAUAGUCAGAGAGAACGAUGAAGACAACCAGACGAACAAACAGGACUAGAAAACAUGAACACCAGAGGACGAACAUAUGUGAGAAGGAAAUUAAGCGCCAAGGACUGGCACUCUAGCUACAUUCAGCGAGCCAUCAUGGACAACCAUUCAUCCACCCAAUCCUUCCCCAACCUCCACCACCAUCGCCACCGCCCAUCCUUUCACCUCACCUUGCCAAGCCUUCAAAGUCCUGAAGUGGGAUACCUGUCCUCUCAGCCUGCCUUGAACCCCCUGGAGCAAUAUGGAAGUAGAGGGGAGGAAUCCGCAAACUCCUUCCCAACUUCAAACACCUCUUCUGAUGGAAGGAGGGGGAGCAAUGGGGGUGACAGAGACUUCGUAAACACAAGUGGUUGCAGUUUGGAAGGGGAUGCUAACUUGGGAGGCCAUCCUGACGUAGAAAGUGGGUUAGGCGUCCAUUUUUCUGACACUUGGUGUGGUGGUGGCAAAAAAGAGGAAGUUUGGGAGGAUGGGGAGGGUUGUGAAAAUGCUGCAGAUGAUUUUUAUAGAAAAGGUGAUUGCUACGGUAAUGCAAAUAAUGUUUUUUACACCAUGAAUUGUAGCAGUGAGGAAGGAGUCAGGCGUAAACUCAGAGCAAACUAUAAUAAUUAUGCCCAUGUUAGCUGCGAAGCUAAAGGGGAAACACUUUACAAUAGGGAGGCUCACGUUAGCCACUUUACUAAACAAACUACUUCCUACAGCAGAACUGUGCCUGGUAGCUUUAGUGACAGCAGUGUUGAUUAUUCAAGAGUGAGUGAAAAUUAUUUGGGAAAAGAAGAAGAUUAUGGGUCCAGCUGUGGCUCAGGUGAGGAUCAGCUUCAACCACCAGAGGUUGAGGAAACCUGGCUCAGUGUCUCCCCCUCAAGCCAGACCGGAGAGGGCAGGUGGAGAGGAACAGCAGACACCACCACUUUGGCCUCAGGGUGCCUACCACAGAGAUCACCUCUCAGCAUCAGCAGCGGGACGUACACACAGAAACUGGACUCCUUCUCUGAGGCGUUCCUCUCCCAGCGAAAGAGAAGAUUCCCUGCGAUUCCCAGCGGGGACUCCUCUGGACAGAACUGGCAAUUUGGAGUGGGUAGAGGAGAGAGCCCUGGAUUGGUCAAGUCAAGGCACAGCUGUGCUUUUGAUUCAGACACCUAUCUGCCUCCCUCCUCCUCUUCCUCACCCGCUCACCCUUCUCCUCCGUCCUUCCCCUUCCCUCCCACAUCAUCUCACAUCAUGUCUUCAGUUCUUAGUCCUCCUCCCACACCUCUGCCUCCUCCGUCCCACUCACCCUCCAAAAUGGACUCUCCCAGUGCGUUCAGGGACAGCGGACAUUCAGUGUCUCAGGGGGGAGACUCGCUCGGUACGCUCCAGUUUUUCACCUCCCACCUUCAGUCUCUCCCGUCCAUCCAUUCUUCUGGGAUGAUAUGGAAGUUUCCACUGUUGCCACACAGCUUUCCACAGUCGUCAGGCGACCCCAGCAUCAUCGAGAGAUCUUCUCAUGGUAGUGACUAUGGAAACAACAUCACAGCCCCCCACGUUCAGUCUCCAGAACCGGCAUUCCUCACCACUGCAUCCCAUCCUCCAUCCCUCCAUCCAUCCAGAACCCUCUUGCCCUCCAAUACACUAUCCCUCCAUCCCUCCCUCCAUCUUCCCUCUCGUCCAUCCCACCUUUCCGGUCACCAUCAUGAGGCAGCAGAAAAGAUAGCACCUUACAUUGUGACCCAGAAAGUAAAGAAUGGACCAAUUAAUCUGAACCAAUCACAGCUACAGCAGCAAGCCUCUCCAGUCUACACUGGAACUCCAUUUCCCAGUAUCCUUCACUCCAGCAGAGGUCAGAAGAGGGGUCGGUACACUCCUCAACCACUCCUCAAUCCACUUCGUAGGGGAGUGGGGCUCUACUCGUCCAUCUCAUCUCCCAGUCACAGAGAUGAGGACACAGCAUGUAAAGGAGAGGAAGAUGAGUGUGCUGUGUUACCAUGUGUCAACUUGGGUCAUGAUUUCCAGGCAGAGCUUCCUCCAUGCUUGGCAGGUGUAGAAGGGUUUAGGAAGUGGUCACCAGAGGAGGAAUCCCCCAGAGAACAGUUGCUCUGGAAACCACUGGACAAGCUGGAGGAGAGUAUCAACUUACAAGACCAAGUGGAGAAGCUGUUGUCCAUGUGUAGUUCUAGCUGCUUACCAGGAGGGGGCAGUAACACAGAGCUAGCUCUGCACUGUCUGCACUACUGCCAGGGGAACACAAUGGCCACACUGGAGAUGCUGCUGUUCUCACAGCCCUCGCCCACGGGAGACUACCACUACUCUGGUAGUGAUUGUUGGACAGACAGUGAAAAGAGUCUCUUCACUGCAGCUAUGGGAACUUUUGGAAAAGACUUUUCACUCGUACAGAAAAUGGUGGAGACUAAGACCAUGUGCCAGUGUGUUGAAUUUUACUACCUGAGCAAGAAGCUCCUGGACAAACAGAAGAAACAGAAGGAGGAAGAGAGCAGAAAUGCAGUGAUGGAGCAGCAAAAAAGGAUAACACCCAUCUGUCAGCCAGUGGAAAGACAGUUUGGACUGGAGGAGGCAGUUCCUGUGCCCUCAUUGGCCAGCUUCUUCCCCUGCAAGCUGUGUGGCAAAAUGUUCUAUAAAAUCAAGUCCCGUAAUGCUCACAUGAAGAUCCACCGCCAGCCUCAGGAGGAUUGGACAGACAGGCGGCUGCAGCACCAGCUUCUCACCCAGCGCCUGGCUCUCAGUCGUUCCACCACCCUCAUGCCCACCCCAGGCAGUAACCUGCUCGCACCCCAGGCAGCAGCUUUGACCUUUCCCUCCUCUGCCCUCGCUGGAACAUCAAGCAACACCAGUGCAGACAAUGUCCUCAACUCUGUAACCAGUAGCAACGCUGUCACUCCUAGCAAUGCCAGUGCCCUAGAUCCCAGCGCCACGAUAACAUAUAGCAACAUCGCUGCUUCAAACUCUCAUGUCAUCACCAACAUUGAUGGCGGUGGCUCAAAUCAAAGAGCACCCACCACUGUCUUACCUUUCCACCAAUCAUGGGGCUCAUUUGGACAUAGCUCUGACCCUGCUACCUUCUACUGCAGCACAGAAGGGAAAGACGGAGCUGGGACAGCGGGGGGAAAAGAACCAAUCAACUGGCAGUAGUGUUUACCUCUCCCAAAAGCAUUACUACCACUGAAGUCUUAGAUGCACUCAAACUAUGCUUUGUAAUUCAAACUAAACUUCAGUCCAAAGUCCAAUAUUUUUUCUAGCAUAUUUCAAGAAAACAUCUUCAUUUUUGUUGUUUUGACUUUUUUUUUGUAAAUUGUGUAUAUGUGUUACAUAUUUAAAUGUUUCUUACACAUUUGACAUUUGAAUAAAA